AUUUAUUGUGCGUGCACCACACCGCGUGUUUAUACGAGCACCAUGGUUACCCUGGACACCGAGCAGAAGCCCGAGAGGCAGCACUGCGGCCGACGUAUGUGCGCCAUUUGCAGACGCAUCAAACGAGAUAAAGCGUUGAAGGUGAAGCUCAUGCUAAGGCGACCCAUCAAUCAGCUGGUUGCGCAAGGCAUCAUGCCACCGUUGAAGACACCACCGGCGUUUCACGAGCAACGGAAGCAGCUGGAGCGGGCGAAGACGGGCGAUUUGCUGAAGGCGAAGAUCCAGCAGAGACCAGGCAGGGACGAGCUGGUGCGGCAGCAUAUCCUCGAGGAUGUAGGUCAUGUGGACCCGAGCCUGGCCGAGCGGCAGCGAAUGCUGAAGAAAGCCAGGCUAGCCGAUCAGCUCAACGAUCAGCUCAGUCAUCGACCCGGCCCGCUCGAACUCAUCCAGAAGAACAUCCUUCAUACUGAAGAGCCCAUCGAGAGGGCGGUCAAAGAGGGUCACAUUCCCUUCAAGGCUACUUGCGAGGGGCAGGUGACGAAGCCCCAGCACCCGGAUCACUACAUCACUUUCGAGGAUGACUCUCAGAGCUCGGAGGGCGCACCAUCGCCGCAGUUGGAGUCGCGGUCGUCGGACGUUCUGGAGACCGCGGCGGCCUCCGCAGGCAUCGUCACGGUCUCCUUGAGUAUACCGACGACCGGCGGUGCCGUUGUGGUCUCGUCGACAUCCCCCGUCUUCCAGCAAUCGUCUACGGAAUCGACGAUACAAACGUUCGCCGAACUCUGCAAUACUGUUGUAGGGACGCAGCAACAGCAGCAGCAGCAGGGUCAACAACAGCCUCAACAGGGCCAGCAACACACGUCUACGCAAGCGAGCCAAACGACGAAUGGCCCGUCGACGACCCUUCUACCAUUGGCGCCGGCGCCGAGCCCGAUGUCCCUGGGCUCAACGACGUCCAGCCUGAGUCCCUUGUCCAACAUCUCGAUAGCGUCGCCCCCGGCGCCGCCGCCGGCGGCGAUCACCCCGCGGCCGCAGCCGAGCCCGAUAGCCGCCGCCGCCACCACGUGCCAAAGGAGCGACGCCCCCGGGAAGGACAAGAACAGAAAGAAGUCGAAAACCAAGAGCCAGCCUAAGACCCGCACGAUCAAGUUCCACGAGUAUAAAGGUCCGCCAAAUGCUCAGAAAUCGUCGUCAUCUGGCACUUCCGGUCUCGGAGGUGCGCAGCCCGGUGAGACCAGUUACGAGUUGCUCUUGCAACAGCAGCAGCUGUUUCUCCAAUGGCAACUGGAGUGGCAGCACAAGUAUCCACAGAUUAUCUUGCCGGCCGCGCAAAAGCCGCUAUCAUCGCUCACAAGUAGCGGCGCGAGCGAUGCUGGUAGCGUGAGCGGAAGUAGCGCGAACGCCGCCAGUCCGGCUCCAUCAAAUUCCUCGAAUAAUCCUUCGGAACAACCUCUGUUGAGGCCUUUGGGCAAACUGGAAGAAAUGAAAGUGAGCGACCUCAAGGUAGAACUGAAACGACGGAACCUGCCGGUGUCGGGUUCGAAGCCGCAGCUGAUCGAACGAUUAAAACCCUUUACGGAAUCGUCCGGCAGCAACUCAAUUUCCAACUCUACUGGUCCACACGUGACGCACAUGGGUCAUAUCCUCAUGGACACACCUGGCCCGAUGGCGACGGACGACUCCAGUUCUCAGAUCAAGAGUCCGCUCUCUAUCGUGAAAGACGAACCGAACAGCCCGCGGACAGCUUCACCCCACAAUAGCGAGCACGACGACCCGUCGAGUCCGCUAGGAGAUGAUAUCAUCAAGGUGCAGAGGAAACGAAUAGAAGAAUUACAGCGCGAGCUGUACAAAUCGCAGCAACAGCUUCAGCAAAUCCGCCAGACACAACCGGCCACGGUGCGCGCUGAGAAGCUGGCGCUUCAGCAACAUAUACACAAUAAGAUGCAGCAACAACAACUGGCUUUACAUUUGCAGCAACUUCAACAUUUACAGCAGCAGCAGCAGCAGCAGCAACAACAACAACAACAACAACAGACGCAACAGCAACAAGCUACGAUUCAGCAACUUAACGCGAAGGCGAGUCUCGCGGCCUUCCUGCAAGCGCAACCAAACAACACAACUGCCAUUCUCGAUUCUGCGACUCUGACAGCGAUCAACAAUAAGAAAAAUCAAUCCAAGAACAGCACUACUGUCCAAAUACCUACAGCUAUCGUUUUGAAUCUUGCGAAGCCGACUAAGCUGAAUGGUUCGCUACUCGGUGCUCUUGUGGCGCAAGCACAGGUUCAACAACAGCAGCAACAGCAAACAACUGCUACUGAGGAUAGUAAACCGCCGCCCCCGCAGUAUGAUGAAGCUGCUAAAUUGCUAAAAGUUAAGAUUGAACCGGUUCAGAAGAGUCACAUAAAAAGUCAAGUAGUAGAUGAUGUAUUGGAAAUUCUCAUCAAGAACGGUGAACUACCACCAAGUGCCGCACAAGAUCCAGCCACUCCAACGACUCCAAAUCGUCAAUUACAGCAGAAUUUGGUCUUCACCGCGCCGGCAGAUAGUCCAUCUCAGUCGUUAGUCUUCACAGCUGCCAAUCCGAUGAGUCCGAUUAGUCCGAUACCGAUGGAAGUGUCUCAGAGUGGUUGUCCAAGUCCGUCAACGCCAGCACCACCGCCACCGCCGCCAUUACCAUUAACCGCGUUCACUAUUCAAUUACCUGAGGCACUUCAACAAUUGCAACAGCAGGAGGAAAUGAAUACCUUUAACGCGGAUCUCUUGACUUCUGAGGCCGAUCUGGAUACUGCAAUGUUGCUCAGUCCACAAUCGGUGCAACAAGCUUCCCCAGACCCUCAACCACCACAAGAAGUGACUUCUUCGGACAAUGCAAAUUUGGAUCUAAAAGAACUAGGGUUGGACUUGGAAACAUUGGAUGGACUUCCAAUGGAUUUCGGUCAAUUAGAGUGUGACAUGCCGAUGGAUAUGGACGACCCCGAUUGGUUAGAGUCUCUGAUGCCACAAUCACCACCACCUUCUACGAUAUUGUCGAAUCAUCAGUCUACCACUCCAUCAGUUAAUCUUUCAUCCACCACGGAUAUUUAUGACCCGCUAUUAGGCAGCAGUCAGUACUCGUUUGAUCUCUUCAACAUGGAGGACUCUGAUUUCAAGAUGUCAUCCGACUUAUCGUCUCCGAUGACUUGGGAUAAGGUAGACUUCGCGACCUAGCCCGAAAUACUCUCUUACAAUCCGGCCUUAUGUACUUAAUCCUCGGCAGGUAAUCAAAAAUAUAAUUCGAGAUAGCAAAGAAACGCGGAUAAUAAGAUUAUUGCAUUGCCACUUGAUCAAAUCUGUCUGAUGCAUUUUAUAUAAAUCAUUUCGCGACAUCCUUGCCUCUAAUGUAUCUUGUAAUCGACAUCACAUUGAAUGUGUACUUAUAUACGCGUGUCAACACGAGAAGUGUUGAUUUUGAAAGCAUAUUGAAAUCUAUUGAAAAAAUAGAUAUGCUAUCUCACGCGAUCGUUAUCGUAAUUAAAAUUAAGAAUGAGAAGGCUGUCGAAUUAUGGACCAGUUUGACACGCGUAUCAUUUUUCAAUCUUUUUCGAUCAAUGAACGCUAACGCAUAUCAUACUUUUGAUCAAUAUGAUCGAUCGUUCCAUCAGAAAAAUAAUGUCCGAUAAAUAUGCGUAUACAAAGUUUAUAUAUGUAAACACUUACAUAAAGUGUUUUUCCUUCAUACAUCUUUACGAAUUAAAAUCUGAAAUAAAACGCGUGUGCACGAAGAUGCGGCGGACCGCUCGUAAAAGUAUAUAAAAAAGACCUAUAGUUCCGGGACCGAAAUAUCAACUUUCAAAAUUCUCCAAAGAAUCAGCUUACGACGGGUUUUUUUAAGCUAGUUUUUAUUGUCCAGUCGUGUGUUGCUUGAAUUUUAAUAACCACGAGAAAUAGCGUGUGUGUCAAAACAAGAAAACGAGAAACAUUGCGUAUAUGAUCCUUUCGGAUAAUUCCCCUGUUUCCAAAUACCCGCCCCUUUCCCGCAAUCAUAAUUAAUCGUAACAUAACUGCAUAAUUAUACUCUCACAAAAUCUAAUAUAACGAUAAUUAUUGUAAAGGUAUACAUACAUACGCAUAUAUAUAUAUAUAUAUAUAUACAUACGUAUAUACACAUAUGUAAAAUAUACUUAUAUACAUACAUACAUACAUACAUACAUAUAUAUGUAUGUAUGUGUAUGUGUGUGCGCCUGACGUCUGCGAAUCGUGUAACAUUCGAAUACGCGAUUUCGAAGGCUUUCCAGCGCAGCUAUACAUAUUUUCUAAGCCACAGAGCAUGUGAUGUUAGAAAUUAUUGCGUAUCUUAAUCGAUAAUCAUUAUAAUAGCGCUGAAAUUGUAGGAGGAAUGGCUGCGCGCGCGAGUAAGUUGCAUAAUUGUCAUUGGGAUCGAUUGUCGGCGCGGUCCUUCGAUUUUUCCACCGUGACUAGUAAUCUUUUGUAACAUUCCAUGUUUCCAAUCUGUGUAUGAACAAGGAAGAUUGAAGCCAUGCGUAUCGAGUAAUCGCUACGCAAAUCGAAGGAUUCCAUCUCGGAACGCUGUGUCAGGCGAGAGUUGCUUCGUGCAUUAAAACCUACACUGUUUUGAGACGUUCUUCAAAGACCAAGCGGCUUCGGACUUCGAUGUAAUGACGAAGGACCGCGCUGCCAAACUCGGUAACAAGAGCAAAAGUUGUGUGUGUGGGAAAUGUGUGUGUCUUAAAGAGUGUGGGCGCUUGUCUGAGAAAGUGCGAGGAAACCUCAAACGAAGUUAUGGCAUUAUGAUAAUAAAUAUAUCAUAUCUUUGGAUGAAAGUUUCGCAAAAAAAUUUCAAAAAAAUGUAUAAAAGAUAUUUAUUACAUCUACUUUUAAUUUUUCAAAGUUUUGUUUAAAAUUGCAAUAGUUAAAAAUUUUUUAUAUUAAUUUGUUUUAUGAGAGAACAAGUAACUAAUAUAGUUUGUUAAAAUCACAACGUGAGGUUUCCUUACGAGAAUGUAUGUGAUUAAUGUUUAUGGACAGCGAUGGUGCUAAUCGAAACCCCAAUAUGCAGCGAUCGAUGAUUUUUUUAAAAAAAAAAAUGAAAAGAAAGAAAAAAACGUCGCGGUUGUCUUUAAUCUUUUUUUAGAGAACUAUACUUAAAAUAAUACCGCAACGUUCCGAAUUUUCCUCGCAACCAACGUGCCUCGAAGUGUUGUUUUUCCUUGCGAGCUUUUUAGUUUCGCGCGGAACUGGCGUUAUGUAGUAAUAUAGAAAGAGAGAAUACUGUAUAAGUUGUUAGAGUUUCGAGUGAGAGAAAAAUUAGUGAAGUGUGUUCCCACCAUUCUCAUUAGAGAAACACGGUACAUAGGUCCGCGCGAUCAUUAUUUCCUCUCCCGCAUUCAUCAGAGAAAGAGCAAAGGAAAAAAAAUGCAACAUUCCAAACAUAUUCAUGCUUCAUAGAGAAUUCUAAAGAGACCUCGAGGUACUGCCAUAUUCCGUGUGCGCGAAAGCCUGACAGAAAAGCACGAACGGGCACCGUAACGCAUUGCCGAAUCUGUCGAGACGCGCGGAAAUAAUUAAGUCAGUGCAUUUAAUUAAAGGAACCGGUUUGCCUUUCCUGUUUUUUUCCCUCCUAAGCCCUGACUCUCGUAGUCAGUUGCAGAAACAUUCUUUUUUUAUCGAUCUGAUAAGCAUCGAUUCUGUAAAUCUUAUAGAUUUCAUAAUUUAUUUGUUGUGCCAAGAGAAUCGAUUGCUUAUAUAUUUUUGUAAGUUGCACAGUAUCGGUUGCAAAGAUGUCGUUUUAUUUGUAAUAAACGGCUCGUGAACUAUUAAUGAAUUUGCAGCAUUAUUAAUUCGUAAAAGCCGCUUUUUGUUAAUAUCUGCAUUUAAGAUUUUGCUUUCAUAUUGCUUUUUCUCGCCGUUAUCUGAAGCUUUUACAAACUGCAAACUUAUUUAUCACAACAAACAUGGAAUAUGGCGUCGAGGUGAAAAACAAAGGUGCCAAAAGAAAGUAUCCCUUCCUACAAGCAUUCACGUAGAAAAUCGUCAUACUCGUCACCAUCCGUUGCCUCAUGACAAUAAGGAUUUUUAUUGUUCUCUGUAAAAUACUGUAUAUAAUGUGUAAAAUAUAAUGAAAGAGAUUAUGUGUGUUUUGUAGUAGCGAGCUUGACAUAAAUUUAAUGAAUUAAUUUAGAGUAACUAAAAAAGGCGAUUAUUAACUAAAAAGGUCUUAUUGUAUCGUAAAACGACGUGCCCCUAUUUUAUCGAAUUUGUAACGAACUAUACUUGGAGACGUUGCAAUCGCGUUAAUUAUUUUAAGUUCGAGUCGUUCAUCAUGAUUUUGCCGAUGAUUGAUCGAUCUGUCAGGCUGUGCGAAUCUGGUAGUCUGUUGUAUGUGGUGCACCUGCAGUGUAUGUGCGUAUACGUAUGAGUAAGUCUUUAUAACUCGCGAGUGCGAAUUAGGAUGAAAUAAAGGCAGCCAAGUUGUAAAGUAUGUAAACCGCAAUCGCAUCUAUGCAUAUAUACAUAGCUUCAUCGAGUAUAUAACAAAUCCACGCAUCGAAAUGAUAAAGAGAUGCAGUAGCAUCGCACACACACAUAUACACGCAUACACAAAUACACACAUAUACACAUAUAUACACACACAUAUACACAUAUGUUUGGUAUGCGCAUUGCGUGCGUGCGCGCGCGCGUAAGGAGUGGUAUACAUAUAAGUUUUUUGUUAUUAAGUAUCAUUGAAUUUAUUGUAAUGAUAUACUCUUAAGUAACGAUCACGUAAUUAUUGCUAGAAAGAGUGUUAUUUAUUUUUAUUUGUUGCGAAUUUAUCGAUUGCCUUCCAUUUGAGUAAAAUAAAUAAAUAUAAAGUUA